CACAGUCUUUGGCCAAUCAGCGAAUCGAACACUUCGCAGUAGUUUCUAACUGCGAAUACAUAAACACUGAUAAAAAAAAAAAAUAAUAAUAAUAAGAAAUUAAAAAAUAAAAAAAAAUUUCACCCAAGGACUGUGCGAGGGGAGUCAAGCCAUCGGUAGAGGCCAAGUACCAUCACUUGUGCUCCAAAUUAUUAAAAAAUAACAAAAAAAUAAAAUACAUAAUUUGUUCAACACACAAUAACAAGUAUAUUUUUUUUUUUUAUCAAUAAUUUGGCAAAUUCAAUAACUCAACAAUAUCCGACAUUUUGUUUAUCAAAAAAAAGAGCAAAAAAAAAAAAAAGGAAAAGUGUGUUUUUGUUGGUGAAAAAAGAAAAAAAAUAAUAUAUAUAUUUUUUGUUUAAGUGAAAAUAAAAAUGACAAGCAAACAAAUAAUUGUGUUGUGUGAUAAAUAACAUGUCAAUAUUGAUAAUAUUGAUAUAAAAAAAAAAAAAUAGAGUAAAAAAUGUUUAAAGUUUUGGGAUGUCAUUGGGAUAAAAAUAAUAUAUGUCAUAAAAAUACAUGAGGAUAUUUAAUUGUUUAUUAUUAUUUUAUUAUGUUAUUAAUAUAUAAAUUUUUUUGAAGGAUAAUGUGUCAUUGUUGAUUUAGCAAUUGUUGUUUAUUUUUAAUUAAUUAUAAAUAUAUUUAUUUAGUGUUGAAAGUGGGGAUAGAUUGAAUUAUAAAUUAAAUAUAUUAUUUAUUAUUAAAAAAAAAAUUUAAGAUAUUAUUUUGCAAAAAUGGCCGACCUCGAGGCUGUCCUCGCGGAUGUUAGCUACCUCAUGGCCAUGGAAAAGAGCAAGUGCACACCUGCUGCACGAGCAAGUAAAAAAAUUGUACUUCCAGAUCCCAGUGUUAGAAGUGUAAUGCACAAAUACUUGGAGAAAAAAAAUGAAGUUAAUUUCGAUAAAAUAUUUCAUCAAAUGCUAGGCUACCUUUUAUUCAAAGAUUUUUGUGAGACUGUUGCAGAAGAGCCAAUUCCUCAACUUCGAUUUUACGAAGAGGUAAAAUCAUACGAGAAACUUGAGUGCCCCGAGGAGAGACGAAAACUUGCUAGAGAAAUUUACGACAACUUUAUAAUGAAAGAACUCUUGGCACAUUCACAUGAAUACUCAACAGAUGCAGUCUCACAUGUUCACAAAUAUCUCAUGAAAAAUGAAGUUCCAGUUAAUCUAUUUGAGCCUUAUAUUGAAGAAAUAUUCAAUCACUUGAGGGGUGAACCAUUCAGAAAGUUUCUUGAGAGUGAAAAGUAUACACGUUUCUGUCAGUGGAAAAAUCUCGAGCUGAACAUUCAGUUGACAAUGAAUGACUUUAGUGUACAUCGUAUUAUUGGAAGAGGUGGUUUUGGUGAAGUGUAUGGUUGUCGUAAAGCAGAUACUGGUAAAAUGUAUGCAAUGAAAUGUUUAGAUAAAAAACGUAUUAAAAUGAAACAAGGUGAAACAUUAGCACUAAAUGAAAGAAUAAUGUUAUCACUUGUUAGUACUGGUGUUGAUUGUCCAUUUAUAGUUUGUAUGACAUAUGCAUUUCAUACACCAGAUAAAUUAUGUUUUAUAUUGGAUUUAAUGAAUGGUGGUGAUUUACAUUAUCAUUUAAGUCAACAUGGUGUAUUUAAUGAACCAGAAAUGAAAUUUUAUGCUGCUGAAGUUAUACUUGGAUUAGAACAUAUGCAUAGACGUUAUAUUGUUUAUCGUGAUUUAAAACCAGCAAAUAUAUUAUUAGAUGAACAUGGACAUGUUAGAAUAUCUGAUCUUGGUCUUGCUUGUGAUUUUUCAAAAAAAAAACCACAUGCAAGUGUUGGUACACAUGGUUAUAUGGCACCAGAAGUAUUAAGUAAAGGUACAGCAUAUGAUUCAAGUGCUGAUUGGUUUUCAUUUGGUUGUAUGUUAUAUAAAUUAUUAAAAGGACAUAGUCCAUUUAGACAACAUAAAACAAAAGAUAAACAUGAAAUUGAUAGAAUGACAUUAACAAUGAAUGUUGAAUUACCAGAAUCAUUUUCACGUGAAUUACGUUUAUUAUUAGAAAAUUUAUUACAACGUGAUAUUAAUAAUAGACUUGGUUGUCGUGGUGGUGGUGCUGAUGAACUUAAAGAACAUCCAUUUUUUAGUGGUAUUGAUUGGCAACAAGUUUAUUUACAAAAAUAUACACCACCAUUAAUACCACCACGUGGUGAAGUUAAUGCUGCUGAUGCAUUUGAUAUUGGUUCAUUUGAUGAAGAAGAUACAAAGGGUAUUAAAUUAACUGAUGCUGAUCAGGAUCUUUAUAAAAAUUUUCCAUUAGUUAUAUCUGAAAGAUGGCAAGGUGAAGUUGCUGAAACUGUAUUUGAAACAAUUAAUAAUGAAGCUGAUAAAAUGGAAAAUAAAAAAAAAGCUAAACAAAAAUCACGUUUUGAUGCUGAUGAAAAAGGCUCUGAUUGUAUACUUCAUGGUUAUAUUAAAAAACUUGGUGGUCCAUUUGCAAGUGCAUGGCAAACAAGAUAUGCUAAACUUUAUCCAAAUAGAUUGGAACUUCAUCCUGAAUCAGCAACAAAAACUGAACUUGUUUUUCUUGAUCAAGUUGAAGAAGUUGGAGCUGAUUUACAACAUGUUAAAGGAGAACAAUGUAUUGUUGUACGAACAAGAGAUGCUAAAAUUGUUUUAACAAAUCCAGAUGAAAUAAGUUUAAAAGAAUGGGCAUUGUCAUUGAGAUCAGCACAUAAAAAUUCAACUGAAAUGCUUGGUAAUAUGGCAAUAAAAGCUGGUAAAAUAUAUGGCACUGAACGUGAAGCUGUUAUACCACCAAUUCAACGAUCAACAAAUGGAAAUUAGCCCACAAAAUAAUCAAUUAAUAAACAAUAAAAAGAUGAAGAAAUAAAUAGAGAAAGAAUUGAAAAAAAAAAACAAUAUAAAACGAGUGAGAAUAAAUAAUUAGAAAAUGAAAAUUAGAACAAAAUUCAAUAUCCAAAUGAUGAUGGAAAUUAAUAAUUUUCGAUAAUUAAUAUAAAUAUUAUAUCGAAAAAUGAAUAAUAAUUUAAAUAUUAAUAUAUAUUAAAACAGAUUCGUUAUACUCCAGUCCCACUGCCCCGCAGCAGCGACAGCAGCAGCAAAUUUUUUUAUACCAACUUUGAAAAUGAAGAAAAAAAAAUAAUAAUAAUAACGAAAUAUUGAAGAAAAAUUAAAUUAUUUAGCAAAAAAUAUAAUUUAAACAUAAAAAUAUAUAAUUAGAUAACAAAAAAAAAAUAUAUAUACACGUACUAAAAAUAAUUAUGUGAUUAUAAAUUUACACAUGAUGUCGAAAAAUAAUAAUGGUAGUUUGAUUUUUAAUUUAUAUUUUUAUUUUUAUUAUUAUUUUUUGAGAGAGUAAAAUUAAUUUCAUGUAUAUAUAUGUAUUUUUUAUUUAUAUUUAAUAUUAAAAUAAUUAUUUUAGUAUUUUUACAUUUUAUUUUUUAAUAGGUAAAAAUGAUUAUUUGGUUUUUUUUUGUUUUUUGUUUUUUCAUUUAUCAAUUGCUCUCUUGAAUUUUAUUUUUUUUUUUUAUUUCAAUUAUGACAAUUAUUGCUCAAGAUAUCAGAGAUUAAAAAAAUAAUUGUAUUUAUUUUAAUUUAUUUAUUUAAUAUUUUCAAAAAUUUAUUCAGGGAAAUAUUGAGUAUUUUUAUUUUAUUUUUUUUUUGUUUUAAAAUUAUAUAUUAGGUAAAUCUAUAACGUUGGAAAAUAAAAAAAUUAUAUACACACGAGUAAAUAAUAUUAUUAAAUGAAACAAAAAUAUUUAAUAAAUAUUUAUCCCAUCACUUUGUAAGACGUUUAGCGUUGUGUUGUAUAGAAAUUAGAAUUUUAGAAUUUAAUUUAAAAUGCGUUGUCACAGAGUCUCGUCAUUUAAAUUAAAUAAAAAUAGACAAGUAAAUUAAAAAUAAAUGAAACUUAAAAAAAUAGAAAAUACACGUUUAGCGUAAUGUCGUUGAUUAUAUAUAGCUGUAUGUGCAGUAAAGUGGUCUAGCAAAUAGAAAAAUUAAUAAAUAAAAAAAAGCCACAAAAUAUACACGGACUGAGACAUUUAAAAAAAAAUAAAAAAAAUACAUCAACAAU